AUGCGGCAGGAGGAGAAGAGGGAAACAGAGUGUGCCCCCCAGCCCUCCGCAGCCUGGUGCCCCCCACCAAUUAUGGGCCACCAGCAGCCCAGACAGCCCCGGAACAAAGUGCCUGGCAUCGCAGCGUGGAUCUGCCCGGACCAGACCAGGGGCCACGUGGGGAGGCGCCGAAGCCACAGCCGGUCCCACGCCCAGCGUCCCCAGGCACCACCAGCUCGGCCCCCGCAAUCCUUCCAAUCCAAUCUCUUCUGCUCCACUCGCCUGGGCUGCGGCCAGGCCCCUGGGCUGCGGCCCUCCAGCCCAGCUGCUCACUUUGCCUCCCAGUGCAGACUCUCCAGGGGCCGCUGGGGGUGCGGCUGCAGGCAAGCCCGCAGGGACCCCGCAGGCCACGUGUCGGGUAGCAGCCCAGACAGCUCCUGGCAGGGCCCCUCCCGUGGGGGACCCGUCACAGAGAACCCGGGCGCACCCCAGGCUGGCUCGGCGGGCCUGCUGGGGCGUUCUCCAGGCCCGGGUGACGCAGCCCCUCCCACCCCGCCCCCGACCGGCCGAGCAGCCGCGGAAGGGACCCUCGCCUCAGAACAGAGGACCGACAGCCCCUGCCCCAGCUGUCCAACUCUGGGGCUCCCCGCUCUAUGCCAGGGUGAUGUCCAGGGCCGACCUCCGCCCUGUGCACGGAUCUCGGUGGCCAGAGGGCUGGGGGGCAAGCACGGAGGGUCGGGAACCACAGCAGCUCCGGAGGGGAGCGGCGCCCCACUUGCGACCCUCGGCCCGGCCACCACCGGCGCCGCGGGCCUCGCCCACCGCCUGGAAGAGCGCGAGGCGGGAGGGGCCCUGCCCCGGCUGCCCGGACGGACCGACAGCGGCCGAGGCCCGGGUCGCCCUCCGCGGGGCGGCUGCCUCCCGGGUCCCUGCGUCCCGAGCGCCGCAGGCCAGGGCCAAGCGGCGCUGACGAUGAAGCCCGCCCCCGGCCCGGCCGUCCGCGAGAGCGGGGCCCCGUCCCGGUACCUGCUCGUUUGCUGCGGAGGCUCGAUGGCGCCCGGGCCGCGAUCGGCGCAGCGCUAUGCCGACGUCGUCCCACGCCCAUCCCUGGCCACCACUCCAGACCCACACACAACCUCCCGAAGAAAGCGGCCUCCCACACUGGCUGACCGCGGAGCCCCCGUGGACCACUGCUUCCUGCCCAUCCAGGCCCUGCUGUGCACAGAGCUCUGGUUGGUGGUGCGUCGGGCUCCUUUGACCCUCCUGACCUUUCCUCCCUCCUCACCGUCUGUCCUAGCCAGGGCUGACCUGAUCCUGCGAGAGAACCAGGGAGCUUCAGUGGGGGGCAGGAUGGAGCUGGCAGGACUCCAUGCCAGGCUGUGCUGUGCCCAGAGGCCGCCAGCAUUGGAGUCUACCCUGGGCAGCGAUGCCCACCCUGCCAGGCGGCCCUCCCCCACACCCCCCACCAGGGGAACAAGCUGCUGUGAGGGGCCGCGGCGUGGACUCAGGCGGUGCUGGAGGGAGGGCCCGGCAUCCAGGGGCAUCUGGCGGUGCCCGCUGGGACUGCUGGAGCCAGAAGUCUGGGGGGUCGAGGACACCCCGGAGCCCCCUUGCAGCGCAGCCCUGGGAGGACCAUGGGCGAGGCUGCCCUCCAGCACAGGCCGUCACCCUCCGAAAACAGAGGAAGGAGACCGGGCAACAUGCUGCAGUGACAGCCGGGCACCCCGCGCCUGGCAGCCUUGUCCCAGAGCGGGCAGGGUGCAGGGGGCCACCGGAGGCGGCGCUCAGGGUGGACGAGCCGACACUGGAGGUUCCGAGACCAGCGCUGCUGCCGUCCGGGGGCGCCCCCACCCAGCUGGGGAGCAGUGGUGCGGCCCGGCCUGGGGGGGCGCUCCAGAGGAGACAGGAGGUCCCCCGCUUGCACCCGCGCCGCCCGCCAAGGCCCUGGGGGCCUCUCAGGUGCAGCCUCUGGGGCCGUUUCGCUGGGACCUCCAGAAGGCCUGCGGCUCUGGGUCCAAGCCUCGCCCCGCCCCACCCCACCUCCGGCUGACCAAGCUUCCCUCUGGGUGCAGCUAA